AUGGAUCCGCUCAAUCUGGCUUCAGUUAUUUACCAUUGGGCCAUGGAUCUACUCAUCUGGCUUCAUGAGUUACCAGUAGGCCAUGGAUCUGCUCAAUCUGGCUUCAGUGAGUUACUAUUAGGCCAUGAAUAUGCUCAAUCAGGCUUCAGUGAGUUACAAGAAUGCCAUGGAUCUGCUCAAUCUGGCUUUAGUGAGUUACCAUUAGGCCAUGGAUCUGCUCAAUCUGGCUCCAUGAGUUACCAUAAGGCAAUGCAUCCUAUCAAUCUGGCUUCAGUGAGCUACCAUAAGGCAAUAGAUCCACUCAAUCUGACUGCAGUUAGUUACUACAAGGCCAUUGAUCUGCUCAAUCUGGCUUCAGAAUCCGCUCAAUCUGGCUUCAGUGAGUUACCAUUAUGCCAUGGGUCUGCUCAAUCUGGCUUCGGUGAGUUACCAUUACGCCAUGGGUCUGCUCAAUCUGGCUUCAGUGAGUUACCACUAGGCCAUGGAUCUGCUCAAUCUGGCUUCAGCGUUAGUAUAUGCGAGGCAGUUCCAGCCGAUGUUUCCACCGAAUUUCAAUUUGCAGUCGUUACCUUUUCAACAGGAGCUGUCUUGGAGAUAGAGUUUGACAGUACAUUAACCAAAGAGGAACUAAAGACACAAGUUCUGAAAAUACCAUACCGACCAGGCGCCACAUAUACUCAUAAAGGUCUCGACAUAGCCACUACAUUGCUAGCACGAAGACAGAACCGUCUCGCUGGACUGUCCAUUAUGAAAUUCGUAUUUGUUUUGACGGACAGUAUGUCUUCUAAUCGGCUGGCAACUGAAGCUGCUGCUAGAAAUCUGCGAAAAGAUGCGUAUGUUGUGUCAAUAGGAAUUGGAUCAGAAGUGUCUCACAAGGAGCUUCAUAAGAUCGCAUCACCACCAGACUCGUAUAGUUUGUCCUACGUUUACUCUGUAGAGAACUUCGACGCACUUAAUACUCUUAUUGAUCGGCUUAUCGACGCGACGUGUGAGAAAUGUGGUGUGAGCAGCAAGUCCGACAUCGUUGGAGUCAUUGAUAAUUUAUCUGAAUCAGCGAUGAAUCGAGAAGAGUUUCAGGCGGCGUUGAAUGGUUUGACAUAUAUAGCUCAACAUUUAUAGGCGUACGGUGAACCAAACGGACAAAAACUGGAGAUUGAAAUAGUUAAUGAUUACGAAAAUACACAUCUUCGGUUGUCUACUUCAAAUGAUUUAAACGAUGUGUUGUUCAAAAUCCAAAAUAUUCGGCAACAACCGCUUUCAUGUGAAACAGAGGAAUGUGUAAACGAAUAUCCAAGAAAGAAUAUCACAUCCGCUAUUAAAGAAAUUAUUACCAAUUUCGACGAUUUAAUAGAAGGUCGUGUUGGCGCAAGAAAGAUCAUGCUCGUAUUUUCCUCAGGGAGAUUUCAC